AUGCACUGGGAAGGAAAACAAGUUCACUCUAGUCAUGUUUGUUCCCUUUUCUCUUUUCCUGUCCCAGCACUUUCUUCACUUCGGGGCUCACGAUCUUGUUGCACCGGGAGGUUUUGUCAAUUUGGCGAAGAAUACCUUUUGGCAUCUCGCACUUUGCGAGAUAUCUUAUCGGUGGAAAGUUGUUUGCUUUUGGAAGGCAAGAAAUUGUGAAAUUGUAGUAGAACAUUUUUUCUCUCUUUUCAGCAGCUAUUGAGCACCAGCCAAUAGACAAAUUAAGUUAAGGGAAACGUGGAAAAGUAGAGGGCUUUUUCUCUACUAAGCACACGUUUGCUUUGACAAAAGAAAAACCUAAAACAAUCAAAAUUUAGGAGGUUACAGUACUUUUGCUUUUUAAUUUGAGUUUUUACUUUUAAUUGUAAUAACCGACUGCUGUGCUGAAGUUUUAAAUAAAAUAAUCGCUUGACCGUCAGACGUUGUUGAACUUUUCUUCUGAAGAGACUUUUUGCAUCCAAGAAAGACUUUUACGUCAACACGAGGCGCAGUUCGGCCCCCCGAGAGGUCAAGUUUUUCAGUGGGGUCAUCUUUUAUGACUGCCCGAGACUUCAGAGGAGAUUUCAGAGUAGAGAUUCCAGAGAAACCCUUUUCCAGUACUGGAUGGCGAGCCCAGCCCACAAGAUAAUGAACCUGUUGCCUUCAGCCAGCGGGCUGUGACUGAAGAACAUUCACGUAUUUCCCACCUUCAUCAAGUGUGGUAGGAUUGAACCGUACACACAAAUACAGCCCUGGACUACAUACAUACCUCUAUUCAUAUCGGUCCCACACCGGAGUGGGAGUGAGAACUGUGACUCUUGUAAAGACUUUGACAAUACACAGGAAACGCACACAGAAAUAGUUGAGGAUGGCUCUCAAUGUGCCGGGUCUGGUGGUGAUGGCGGGGUUCUAUCUGUUGAUCUUGGGCACGGGCAUCUGGGCAUCCAUGCGCUCCAGGAAGGCAGAAAAGAAGUGCUCAGGAGAUGGAAUGGAGAUAACACUACUGGCCGGACGCGAGAUUAACCUGCUAGUCGGCAUCUUCACUCUUACUGCUACGUGGGUGGGUGGAGGCUUCAUCCUCGGUAUAGCUGAGGCAACAUACAACCCAACACUAGGCGCGGUGUGGGCUCUCAUGCCUGUGCCUUAUGUCCUGACCUUCUUCUUAGGUGGGUUUUUCUUUGCCAAGCCUAUGAGAGAGAACAGGUAUGUGACAAUGAUGGACCCCUUCCAACAGAAAUAUGGGAACGUUAUGAGCAUUGCGCUCAUCUUCCCCGCACUGGUGGCCGAUGUACUGUGGGUGGCACGCACACUCGUCAGCCUGGGUGGAACUAUGAGUGUGAUCCUGGACCUGUCCUACGUCUACUCCAUCUGCAUCUCCUCAGUGGUGGCCAUCAUCUACACACUGCUGGGGGGGCUCUACUCUGUGGCCUACACAGACGUCAUCCAGCUCAUCCUCAUCUUUGUCAGUCUGUGGGUGUGUGUUCCUUUCCUGUUGACCAACCCUCACUCUAUGGACAUCUCACUGACGGCCUACAACCAGACCUUCCAGGCUCCCUGGGUCGGCACGGUGGAGCUGGAUGAGGCCGGCAAGUGGUUUGAUGACUUCAUGCUCCUGGCUUUGGGUGGUCUGGCCUACCAGGCGUUCUACCAAAGAAUCCUGUCCGCCUCAUCUUACACCCAGGCUCAAGUGACCUGCUUCGCCUCUGCAGGCUUCUGCCUGGUGCUGGGUAUCCCCUCCAUUCUGGUGGGGGCUGUGGCUGCAUCUACAGACUGGAACUCAACCAGCUAUGGAUUGCCCACCCCAUAUGAGCGUGACCAGGCAGGCUCCAUCCUCCCCAUCGCCCUGCAGUUCCUCACCCCCCCCUACGUCUCCAUCAUCGGCAUCGGAGCUGUAGCUGCUGCUGUCAUGUCUUCCAUGGACUCAGCUCUUCUGUCCUCCGCCUCAUUGUUUUCCUCAAAUAUCUACAAGAACAUUAUCAGGAAGCAGGCGUCAGACCGGGAGAUGCAGUGGGUGAUCCGUAUCUCAGUGGUGGUGGUGGGUCUGGCUGGCACUGCCCUCACCUUUCUGGACAGCAGCGUCCUGGUCUUCUGGCUUGUGGGCGUGGACAUGUCCUACACCAUCAUGUUCCCCCAGCUGGUCUGCGUCCUCUUCUUCAAGGUGUCUAACGGCUACGGAGCCGCCGUGGGCUACCUGAUAGGAAUCAUCAUGAGGAUCCUGAGCGGCGAGCCCCUCAUUGGCCUCCCGCCCGCCAUCCAGUUCCCCGGCUGCCGGCUGGAUAAGGAGGGAACAUUAACCCAGUACUUCCCCUUCCGCACCGCCAUCAUGCUCAUCUCGCUCGUAUCCAUCCUGCUCUUUUCCUGGCUGGCGUCCAUCAUUUUCAACAAGGGUUUGCUGUCUGAGAGGUGGGAUGUGUUCAACAUCAAACGCAAGCAGAAACCAACGUCCAGAGCCGUGGCCGACAAGAAGACCGACCCCAGUAACAGAGAAGCCAAGCAGCUACUGGACACUACCACCACCACCAGCUGCUGA